AUGGCCAAUUGCACCCCGUAUCGUAUCAAUCAGGAGAAGGCUCAAUCGGCACGCGAAGUAAGAUCCACUGGAAGCGAGCGACAGCCCCUUGACCCAGAACACAGCCUUGCUCGUAAACUAACGGGUGUCCCAGAUGCUAUCUACAACACGGACUGUGGAUCCAACAAGACCCUCCAACGACACGUCACAGAUGGGUCCAACACGUGCCGCGGGGCCUUCAGCUCAACGAAAGAUCGAUUUGCAAGCACAGCCGCUUAUCGUUCGUCUUCCUUUGCUAGCGUGGUAAAGGAACCUUACGCAGAUCCACAAGCCGUGGGCCCGGGGACCUAUCGUGCACCUCGACGGGCUAUAAACGUGAAGAAGAAGCAGGUUCCUACCCCGGCGUACGUUAGUAAGGCGGCACGAUUCGAAGAAGCGAACGCUCAAGUCACUGCAGUGCUGGCUCUGGUGAGCCCGACAGCCAACUCGCCUAAGGAUCGAGAUUACAUGUUUGCCAGCAGUCCCCGCGGUGCCGGUGGUGGUGGCCACUCUCCACGUGACAAAGUGCGUGGGCCUGUACUCUCAACAACGCCUCGCUUUAAAUCGGGUGUGUUCCCAGAACGCUAUGUAUCGUCAAAACAGCAUCACAUCCAGGACGAAGCCCCGGAUCGGUUCUACGACGUUAGUCCAUCCUGCAAGUUUUCAAUGAGCGAUACUGUUGCCAGCUCCAGCUUCAAGUGCUCCUCGAUGCAGUCACGCGCGAAUCGACUUUCCUCUGAAGCUGCAAUGGUUCACAAUACACCCAAUUUUCCAAUCUUGGCAAGUCCGACAAAGGAGACCGUCGGACCAGGAGCCUACACUCCCUCCUCUAAGCCUAGGCCGCCCGAGGAUGUUAAUUUCAUCAUGAUGCCGCAUCACGCGGACCGCUUCGGGCUGCCCAGCUCCAAUUCCAACUUCAUCGAGGCUCGCUUCCGUCGCUUUGCCGCAGAUCCAGAGCCUCGUCGUCCAUCUCCCAGAUAA